AUGCCCGGUGUAUCAUGGAUGACACGCGAACAGUCGGCUUGGCUGAAAACUAAGGUGGAUGCAUUCCGCCUCAGCCAGCUGCAGGGCGAAACAACUGUCUUCUUUGCGAAUACAUCCCGUGAAUGGUUCGAGAACUGGCCUGAAGCUGCUGUGCAUUUCAAAGACAGCGAGACUGGUGUUCCACUUACCAAAUCCCAGUUAUCAGAAGAGCAGACAGUUGAAUUAGGAUUACAUCUCCAAAAACGUCGUUCCAAACUCCGUUCUUACUUCUACCGCAGCAACUCCGCCGCUGCGCAAGGACGAGUGACACAAUUCACUAAAACGAUUACGAAGCUCAUGGGCUCCACCACUGCUCGCACUCGUGGGCCGUCUGCUGUGGAAUAUUUUAUUCAAACCGAGUACAAGGACAACAACGCCGUCAAGGAUGAGAUCUCAUCUAAGAUAGCAUCAUGCACUCAACAAAAUCGCAUGGCCUUGCUUCGUACAGAAGCAACGAAGGCCAUGACUGCGCGGGGACAAGAAUAUGUGCUGAAGAUGGAGCGGGAGGCGAAAGCUGAAUGUGAGCUACGUGUGCAGAAGGCCAAGGCUGAGAUGGAGGCACUGUCUAAUCCCAGUGACUCUGCAAAGUUGCAAUGCAUUGAAGGGCUGGGUGGAUUGAUCGGACAACUUCUACAGUCCAUCCACGACACGACAGGUUGGAACGGGAGCGUGUACAUUGGGGGACCAGACCCUCGUGUAGGUGGGGAUCUUCGCGUUUACAGUUUCCACCAUGGGAAGGGUACUACCGGCCUCAACUUUCGUGAUACACUGCCUGACCAUCACGCACGAAUCAUCGAACCAUUCACUACUUUUUUGAAGGGCGCUUUUGCUGCUUCUGUCCAGGAGCGCAUCCCAGACUCGUCUCCCUCGAGUAUGGAUACUAUUGUGCCCCUUAUGGACACCUCCGUCCCAUACUCGUCUCCGUCAAGUAUGGAUACUAUUGUGCCGUCUCCAUCGAGUAUUGAUACUAUCGUGCCCCUUAUGGACACCACCGACUUCCUCGCUGCUCCGACUGCAACUCAAGAAGUGCCGCAUGCCUCGGCCGAUCAAUUCUUCCCCAUUAACCCCCCCAUUAACCCUUUCUCAUUUCAUCCUAUUGACGAUUCACUCGAUAUGUCGGGCGAGUUCUCAUUCGAUCCCAUUCCCGACGAUUCACUCAAUCUCAUUCCCGGCAAUUCUUUCGAUCUGUCAAACGAGGCCCUUGACAACUUCCUGGCGGAUUCACAAUCAUACCUACUCCAAUCUACUGCAGAUGGGACCGAGGGUCCCCAACUUAUCUUACCUCCAUUUCCGUCUGCUGACAAUUCACAACCAUCUCAGUCUAUACUUUCACCCCCGCGCUUCCGCAGUGCUUUAGCUCGUAUCAAGUCGAAGAGCCCCUCUGGUAACUAUAAGAAGGUACCUCGGCCCCGUCCAUUCAGAGGAGGAACUGGACCUUCCCAUGGUCUAUAUCGUGAUUCCCCUCCCCCUUCUGUCCCUCCUGCGGCGCCGGCGACUCACCUUCGUGAUUCCCCUCCCCCUUCUGUGCCUCCUGCGGCGCCAGCGACUCACCAUCGUGAUUCCCCUCCCCCAGUGCCGGCGACUCACCAUCGUGAUUCCCCUUCUGUGCCUCCUGCGGCACCAGCGACUCACCCAAGUUCAUUACCGCCUGCUGAGACUCCUCCGCGGGCCACCACAGCUGCACCAAGUAGCCAGCUACCUGCUGACAACGAGCCCAUGGAGAAUUUGCAGCCUCUAGAUGAUAUCGUCAAUAACCAAGUGCGCCGUAGCAGCCGAGUUCAUGUUCCAUCCACUCGCACAACAGAAGCUAAUAAUAUUGGUGCUGACGGUAUGGGAAGAAAGCCACGAAAGUCACGCAAAUUGGUUCACUGA